AUGAGCCUUCUUAGUUCUGAGGAUGAGUACACGGAAGAAGAGCUACUUCAUGUGUGUGAGGACUUGGGACUGCCCUGUGACGAAGAGAACAUCGGUUUGUUGAAGGAAGCUAUCGAUGAGAUCAUUCUUGAAUCGGAGUUCGAGAGUGAAGAGGGAUCUAACGACGUUUCUCUUUUCGGGAGCUUAAGCCUUUCUGACUCUUCGCAGCCGAUGGGGAGGAGCACUCCUACGAAUGCGGAGAGCUUUUCAUCUCCUAUUCGUCGAAUAGACAGGAGAUCAGCAAGACUGUACCGUCGAGAAGAAACGCAAAGCCGAAAUAGGGAUGUUCCACUUAAUCUGCCGUCAUCACAAGAGAAUGAGGAACUGAGGCGUCACAAUCCCAGUGCAUAUUUCCUUCUCAACGAUGCUUGGCGGUGUCUUAGCAGCAUCUAUGGAACUAUGUCUAUUAUGGAAAAUUUGCAGUUAAAGCUUUCCGCAACUCGAACUUGGUCAUCAAAAAAUAGAAGUAAACAACUUGACAUUCCUGGAUUUCCUCCUAGAGGUGAUGACAAAGAGAACUUAUCACGAUUUCCUCAAUAUCCUACUGAUGGCCCAUCGGGCUGUACAAAGCGCACUGAACAACAUAUUGAGUCUGAUCCUUCAAAUGGAACGAGAUCACUUACAGCAAGGGAUAAGUUCGAAUGUGAUCCAAGCAUUCGUCGUGUCAACCGGUUUGUUCCAGGGCAGUUACUUUACCGACAUGAUCCUGUGAAAAAAUUCGAGCUAUACCGGGAAGAAUGGGCGCGCAAGCCCACUCCAGGCGAACAGAAACGGCUUGCCCUUCGAUGGAAAGUUCGCGAAUACAUGCUCAGACAUGACAUGCCAGUUUUCGAUCCGAGAAAGAGAACUGCUUCUCACACUGUACAUCCAAAGGAUUGGUCUCCUCGACCGUACCUGGAUUAG